AGAGAAAAUGCCUCGUUACGGAGAUCGUGGAGAUCGUGGAGACCGUCAUGGCAGUGGUACUCGUCUCUAUGUUGGGCACCUUUCUUCGCGUACCAGAACUCAUGACUUGGAUGAUAUUUUUAGCCGAUAUGGAAGGUUUCUAGGCUUUUGCCUAGCCUGGAGGUCUGGUGGGAUGGUUGCCCUUGAUGGAAUUGGUGCCUAUUCUUGCAAUGUAUAGGAGACUUUGGCGAUUCUUUAUAAUUUAUGCGUGUUUUUAUGGAAUUGGAAACUCUCAAAAUGGUGUUUAGUUCAUCUGUGAGGGGCGAGGUAUCAAUCCUUUGGUAGUUUUGUCCUGAUGGCCUUAAUGUUUAUGGCAACCGUUUACGCAGAGUACGUGACGUGGACAUGAAGCGCGAUUAUGCCUUUGUUGAGUUUAGUGAUCCCCGUGAUGCUGAAGAUGCAAGAUAUAGUCUAAAUGGGCGUGAUGUUGGUGGUAGUCGAAUUAUUGUCGAGUUCGCAAAGGGGACACCACGUGGUCCAGGUGGUUUGCGUGACUUUGGAGGCAGAGGACCUCCUCCUGGAUCCGGGAGAUGCUUUAAUUGUGGAAUUGAUGGCCAUUGGGCUCGAGAUUGCAAAGCAGGUGACUGGAAGAACAAGUGCUACCGCUGUGGAGAGCGAGGGCACAUAGAAAGGAACUGUCAAAACAGCCCAAAGAAACUAAGACGUGGUCGAAGUUAUUCACGCUCGCCAUCUCCUCGCCGUCGUUCCCCAUCACCUCGCCGAGGUAGAAGUCGUAGCCGCAGCUUUAGCAGAAGCCGUAGCUACAGUCGGUCGAGGACUCCACCUAGAAGAGAUACUGAGAGGUCAAGGAGCCCUCGUCAAAGCAGGAGCCCUAGAAGACAAAAAGGUUCUCCUGUGGCAUCCAGGGGCAAAAAACACUCUCCAUCACCAGAUGAGAGGAGCCCAGAUGUCAGAGGUAGCCCUUCUGAUAGGGAUGAAAGACAAGCAAAUGGUUCUGAUUAUGGCGGUAGCCCUAGGUUAAGGAGCAGAAGCCCCAUGAUAGAAGGCAAAAGAGGUAGCCCUAGGAAUGAAGAUGGUCGAAGUCAGAGCCCCUACGAGGUAAACGGAAGAGACCGAAGUGUCAGCCCUGUUGCUAGAAAUGAAAAGAAUGAUGUCUAUGAGGCUUCUCCUAGAAGCAGCGGUUAACUUAAAAUACUAUAUUUUACAUUUUCUUCACUACUCAAAACUGUUUGUGCCUUCAAUUUAAAAAUUCUGCUGUUAUUGAUUUCCUGUCCUGAGUUUGUAUGCCUUUCCA